CUGAAGCAAUGAGAAAAGCUCAAGAAGAAGUUCGUAAGGUGAUAGGAGAUAAAGGUUUUGUGUACGAAGAUGAUGUUAAACAAUUGCCUUACCUGAAAGCUGUGGUUAAAGAAACCAUGAGAUUGCAACCGACAGCACCACUACUAAUCCCAAGAGAAACAACCAAGGAGUGUUACAUAGGUGGGUACGAAAUACCAGCCAAGACCGUAGUUUACGUGAAUGCGUGGGCUAUUGGAAGGGACCCAGAAGCUUGGGAGAACCCAUAUGAGUUCGAUCCUGAUAGAUUCUUGGGCAGUUCCAUCGAUCUGCAAGGAAAUGAUUUUGAGCUUAUACCAUUUGGUGCUGGUCGAAGAAUUUGUCCUGGUAUAUUUAUGGGAAUUGCCACCGUGGAGCUUUCACUUUCUAAUCUACUCUACAAAUUCGAUUGGGAAAUGCCUGGGGGGAUGAAGAGGGAAGACAUAGACGUUGAUCACUUGUUACCCGGUCUUGUCAUGCGUAUGAGGGACGCUCUCUGCCUCGUGCCCAAGGCUAUACUGUGAUGGGCAAUGAUGCGUAAAGGAAUUGUGGGCAUCAUUAUCAAAUCGUGACUCUGUGAAUAAAACGCGAAUCAGCCCAUGAUCAGUAGUUUUUUGUUUUUUAAGGUUUGCAUGCUGUGUGUAAUAAUAAGAAUAAACGGCGGAGCUUAAUAUGAAGAUUGACCUCGAAUAAUUUUCACGCAAGCUCCGUUAAUUUUUAAGGUUCUUUGUACCCUUUUGUUUUUACAUUAGCAUUCAUUAUGGCUUGAAUUAA